AUGGGUGACUGCUGUAUUAUAGCCAUAAAGAUUGGCCCAACACACACUGAAUACGUCUACAAUAUAACUAGUAGUGAAGAGGAAAUUGACCCAUGUUUAAGGUGGUGGGGUAAAGAAGUUGGACUGGAUUCUCCAACAACUCCUACCUGCAUCCUGUUUGAUGAACAUGAACAAUUUAUCAGCUUUGGUUAUGAAGCUAAACAAAGUCAUUUGUCAAUAAGCGGUCAAGAAGCAAGAAACAUGUUCUUUUUUGACUGCUUCAAGUUCCUCUAUAGAAACAAUUUAACCAAGAAUCUGAUUAUUAAAUCAGUCAAUGGAAAGGAAAUGAAAGCUCUGAAGGUUUUUACAGAAGCUUUAAGAUUCUUGAAAGAUGAUGUUCUGAAAACCAUCAAUAAAAACACUGAAGGAAUGAAGUUCACAGCCUCUGACUUCACCUGGGUUCUGACUGUUCCUGACUCCUGUGAUCCUUCAGCUAAACCCUUUAUGAGAAAAGCUGCGACUCAGGCAGGUAUUGGAACAGAUGGAAAUGAAUAUAAUCUGGUCAUCGCUCAGGAAUCAGAAGCAGCUUUAGCCUGGUGUAUGAAGCUUCCAGCUGAGGGUUUCAUCACAGAAACCAGAAUAAGUCUGCAUGAUCUCCGCUCUCCAGAAGACCAACACAUUGUUAUUAUUGCUGAAGGUAAUGAAAAUAUUGACAUUGCUGUUUAUGAAGUCCUGAAAGGAAAAAUGUUGAAGGAGCUCCAUAGAUCCUCUGUGAAUGAUCUGGGAGAAAAAAGUGUGGACAGAAAAUAUAAAGAAUUCCUCAGGGAAAUUUUCACCGAGGGAGUCUGGGAUGAAUAUGAAAUGAACUAUCCCAGUGAGGUUCAGAAGAUGAUGUAUGAAUUUUCCCGUUCCAAAGAAGUGGAUGAAAAUAUUCAGUUCUGCUGUCCAUUUAAUCUGUCAUCACUAGCUUGUAAACACCAAGACAUAGAAAAUUUCUUUGAAGGAGUAGAAGGAGCAUCCUGGGAUGUUGGAUCAAUCAAAAUAUCUAGAAAUAAACUGAGGUCUUUUUUUGCUCAAAGCCUGCAGGGAAUCACUCAUAAUGUCAGAGAAAUAUUCAACAAAGGUUUCAACAUUGGCUGCAUUUUGUUAGUAGGAGAAUACGCUGCGUGUCAAGUUUUAAGGAGACACAUUACUGAUGAGUUUAUAGAUUAUUGUAAAGUUUUGUGUCCAUUUAGACCUAGAGACUCAGUACUGAAGGGAGCUGUAGAACUAGGAAAACACCAGACAUUGUUACAGUUUCAGAAAAGUGCUUUCACUUAUGGAAUCGGUGUCUCUGACAGGUUUGAUGAAUUAAAGCACAUCAAAGAAAGGAAAUUCACCAACAAAGAUGGUGAAUGGUGUGGAGGACUUUUUAUAAAACUAAUUGAAGUUGACAAAUCCUUCCCCAUAUGGGUGAAUCUGUCAACAGGAAGCUGGACGCUCAUUAACAAGGCCUCCAGUGGUCAUCAGGGACUUACCUCCAAUAUCAGAGGGUCGGGGCCCACCGCCCUCCUCAACGCUCCAUCUGCUCCCUGCUGGCGUUUGGCAGUCRGUUGGAUCAUGUGGUACCUGCAGCGCCUGCAGCUCGCCAUGCACGAUGAUCUGCUCGUGUCAGAGGAAAAGUGUUUGAACAAAUAA